AUGAAAGAAGCCAAGGACAGACAAAAGUCGUACGCGGACGUUCGACGGACGGACUUACAGUUCCACACCGGCGAUAAAGUUUUUCUCAAGGUAUCCCCGUCGAAAGGAAUAACGCGUUUCGGGGUGAAAAGGAAACUGAAACCACGUUUUAUCGGGCCGUACGAAAUCCUUGAAGGAGUAGGACCUGUAGCUUAUCGUUUAGCGUUGCCGCCCAGCCUUGGGAAUGUGCACAACGUCUUCCAUGUGUCGCAGUUGCGGAAAUACGUGUUCGAUCCGAAGCAUGUGAUUCGCUACGAGGAAGUUGUCGUAAACCCGAACCUGAGCAACGAGGAGCAACCCCAGAUGACCUUGGAUCGGAAGGUUCAAACCUCGAGAAAUAAAUCCACUGCCUACGUGAAAAUACAAUGGAUAAACCAUGGGCCCGAGGAAGCCACGUGGGAGCUUGAGGAUAAGAUGAUGGAACUAUACCCGAAACUCUGCACAUAG